AUGUCCACCUUCAGCCAACAGUGCGCCCGGUCGAAAUUCUCUUCUCCAUUUGAGUGCAACAUCACAUUAUGUGUAGGACCUGAGCAUGUAUCCUUGUCAAAUUCGUCAUUUAAUGACGCACCAGAGGGGCAAUACAUGGAGAAUUAGCCUGAAUGAACCUGUCUCUCUCUCUUUUUUUUAUUUUUAUUAAACCUAAAGUAGAAAGGUGAAAUUAGCGCAAUGAGGCCUGUAAAUUUACUUAACAGAUUCAACGUCCUGUAAAACUGAUUUUAAAUUAUUAACAACUGAACAACCUGAACCAUAAAACUUUGGAAUCUUAAAAAAAACCUUCCGCAAAACCUUGAAGCAAUAACUUAGCUCUCUCCUUGUUUGGGUACCUUGAGUCCUAAAUAACAAUACUUUAAUAACUGAGUACUUUCAGUAAAAAGUACCAAUGAAAUUAUAUAUAUAUAUAUAUAUAUAUAUAUAUAUAUAUAUAUAUAUAUAUUUUAAUAAGAGUUCCAUAAUAAUAUUGUUCUUACUGUACUAUAAGUACCGACAUUAGUUGCUGGUUUAACUGAAAAACUUUGUAACUUUAUAACCAAACAUCUCCGGUUUUUAAACCCCCAGAACAUUAACCAAACAUCUCCGGUAUUUUUUUGUAAAGACGUUUACCAUUCCAGUGAACGCUACCAACGCCUCCCUAAUCUUAGCCAGUUCAGCAAUGUUUCGUUCAUACUCACCACCUGAAGUACCAGCUCUGCCUCAUGCCUCCAUUUCUUCCAGGACUGGCAUGUCGUCUCGAUAACACGCUCUCACUUCAUCCGAACUUUCUUUGCUUCUUGUCAGGAUGUCUUUAGCCCGGCCCUUAACUCUACCAUGACCCACCAUAGGCACAGGGGAGGAAGGCAGGCUUCUUUUAAACCUUUUCUUCUUCCAGGAGCUGUUUCUUUUACUUUUGGAGCCAAUUCCUUAACCAGCAUGCAUUCUCCUUUUCUGUCAGCAGUUGGCGCUCUUCCCAGGCUGUGCCGCGGAUAAGCGCGCCUUUUUCCGACUGUGUACGACGUGCCUCUGGUCGGAACCUCAGUUAGACAUCGGGAGCAAUUUGCUCAGUAUGAUUCUACUACCGGAGGCUCUCUAUCAGCGCUGUAAGCCCCGGCGCCGAGAUUAG